AACGCCGGCGCAGCCACCGCCUGCGCUAUAGUUGCGUUUAUUUUUUUUUUUUUUAGUGCGGUUUCAGUGACUUCUAUCCUAUUGCGUGUUGCGAGAAUACUAAUAUUUUAAAACUUUAAUAUUUGUAUGUUUUUUUUAAAUAGAAAGUGAGUCGUGAUUGUUUAGACCCGACAAUAUGUCUACUAAACAAGAAAGUGAUAAUGAGACUGAAAAUAAAAAGCCACCGGGACUGGGCUUGCGGCAUGCACAGGCAGGACUGCUGUUCUUCGCCAUGGUGAUCUGCUUUGCCAUGCGGGUCAACAUGAGUUUAGCCAUCGUCGCCAUGACGUCACCCUUAGAUGAUAAUUCUUUCGAUUGGUCAACAAAGAUCCAGAGUGUGAUCCUGUCGUCCUUCUUCUGGGGCUACAUCGUGUUACAAAUUCCCGGAGGGGAGAUGGCGGCCAAAUUUGGAGGGAAGAUCCUCAUCACCACUUGCAUCGCUGUCAACUCUGCUGUCUCGUUGUUGAUACCCAUUGGAUCAUAUGUCGGUGGUUGGCAACUGGUCUGUGCGUGUCGCGUUCUACAAGGCUUAACUCAAGGUUUUUUGUAUCCUUCAAUGCACAACCUGAUUGGGCAGUGGGUGCCUCUUGAGGAAAAGAGCCGGCUCGGCACUCUGAUAUACGCGGGAGCGCAGUUUGGUACAGCUCUCCAGCUCAUGGCAUCUGGCUUCAUAGCGGAGGCAUGGGGCUGGUCAGGAAUUUUCUAUGUAGACGGGACAUUAGGAGCCAUAUGGGUAGCGAUCUACGUAUUUAUCGGAUCUUCAUCACCACAGAGCUCCACGAUGAUCAGUGAAAAAGAGAGGAAUUACAUCCAUAGGUCGUUGGGACACGAGGGUGGACACAAAAAACUGUCAACCCCAUGGAAGUCAAUUGCGACGUCUAUGCCCUUCAUAUGUCUGACCAUCACGCACUGUGGUCAAAAUUGGGGAUUUUGGACACUCAUGACUGAGAUGCCUUCUUAUUUCAACCAAGUUCUUGGCGUCGAUAUUAAAUCCAACGGAAUGAUGUCGGCCCUUCCGUACAUAGCCAUGUACCUGUUGAGUUUCCCACUCGGUUAUCUCGCUGAUCUUUCCCUCAGGAAGAAAUGGCUCAGUAUCUCUGCCUCAAGGAAAUUAUCAAAUUCUAUUGGCUUCUACGGUCCAGCUGUGGCCUUGAUAGGGCUAUCGUACGCACCAGCAGGCAGUGUGUGGGUUGCCGUUAUUUUAUUGACUACAGUCGUUGGAUUGAAUGCCGGUCAUUACACUGGAUUUUUGUUGGUGCACAUAGAUAUGGCUCCGAACUUCGCCGGCACUUUGAUGGGCAUCACUAACUUCUUUGCGAACAUCGUCUCAAUCGUCGCUCCCCUUGCAGCUGGUGCUAUUUUGCAUGACGUGACCGAUGCAACCCAGUGGCGUCAUGUGUUCUAUGUAUCGUCAGCAAUAUACAUCGCCGCAAACACGCUGUUCAUCGUGUUUGGAACCUGCGAGCUGCAGAAAUGGAACGACGUCUCUGGACAGAAAGAUACUUCAGAUGAAGAAGCUUCGAGGAAACACGUGACGGUACUCGGAGAAAGUGAAGUAGUACUGUAAAUUUAGUUAGCGGUGAUCAAUCAUUGUAUUAUAUUCAUUUGUUUUUCACGUGCGAAUAUUACUAGAUAAAAAUGAAUGGAAAUUGCCUAUCAAAUGCAUACAUAUACCUACAGUAUUUUGAUAUUGAAACUUUCAUAUGAAUAUGAUUUUGCAUACAAAAUUUGUAUGUGCUAUUGUAUUAAUUAUAUUCGG